GCGAGCAGAGGCUAGGGAGGGUGGAGGGACAGGCGCAACACUGGAUUUGGCGGGGGAGGAGGUGGUCAUGACUGCGCGAGGGAGGACUGGCGCUCACCAUUAUGAGGGGGACGCAAUGGGCGCAGCAGGGAAGAGGCCGGUGGGCAGUGGAGUUGAGGGCGUGCCGGAGGCGCGCAAGAGACAACAACAGUCCACUCUGGAUGAGGUGUACGAUCCAGAUGGCCAAGCCGCAUUCAGGGACACCUUUUUGCAGUGGGCCUACGAUAGCGGUAUACCCUUUGCUGCUUUCAAGAGACAGUCAUGGUAUAGGCACAAGAAGGCAUUGGCCUCUAUGCCUCGCGGAGUGCAGCCUAUCUAUCCGUCCUUCAAGGACAUUGGGGGCGGUGGUAUCGAUGACCAGCGGGGGAAGGUUGCCGCGAUGUUGAGGGAGGUCCGCGGUUCGUUCGAGUCGGUGGGGGCCACCAUUUUGUCGGACGGUAGGCAAUCGCGAGAUGCGAGGCCUAUCGUCAACUUCCUUGCGGCCGCCAAGCGCAGCGCCCUGUUGUACGCUACCGUCCAGCGAGACGGUUCAGUGGCCGAGACGGCAUGGAUCGUCCUGAGGAGAUGGAAGGCCAUUUUUCGGUCUUUCCCUCCGAAGGACGUGUUGGCCAUUUGCACGGACUCUGCGUCGAACUAUACGUCCACCGCAAAGCUCCUUGCAAAGGACCCUGAUCCGGAGAUCCGCCGUAUCACUUGGCUCCCCUGUGCCACCCACGUGGCCAACUUGAUGUUGUCUGACAUCGACACAGGGGUUCCUUGGGUUACGGAGACCAUUGUUAGAGCUCGAGCGUUGGUGCGAUUCAUUAAAUCGCACGGCGCGGAUUAUCACCUUUUUAGGGUGAAGAGUCGUCACCGCACGCUUGUGCACCCUGUGGAGACGGUGACAAGGGACGCCGAGGCGGAGGCCUGUGCAGGGGACGAGGAGACGAGCAGGUGCGCGUCAUGGUGGGUGGAGCACUACACAUGCUUCCCGGACUUGCAGGAAAUCGCAGGCUGUGUGAUGCACAUGUGGACGUCCGCCUCUCCUGCUGAGAGGAAUUGGGCAGAGCAUGAGCGCAUCCACGCGACCAAGCUCAACAAGCUCAAGUUCAGGAAGGUCGCGCAGUUAGUUGAGAUUGCUACUAAUCUCAAACUUCUUGGAUGCAGCGACCACAGCGGGGGUUACGUUCUUCCGCGGCGCCACAUGGCGACCCUGGCUGAGGCGCGCCCUGACGAGUACACACAUGCCCCGAUCGACGACAGGGAUGAGGAGGAGGAGCCUGAGCCAGAGGAGUGGGGAGCCCGACCUCAGUCGGCAGUGUCCGCACACGAGGUUAGUGCACAGGUCCGUCGAUUCCAGCAGCAGGGUUCUCGUCGCCCGGAGAGAGUUGGUGAGGUUUUCGGUCCCAGAGCCGAGACACUUCAUCCUUACGACUAUGUGCCCCCACCGCCAUCAGAGUCGGCGCAGACGUCAGAGCAGGAGUCGAACUUAAAGGAUUUGCAGCCCAAUGUAGAUAAGAGUGCCGAGAGACUCUACUACGCGUACGGUGCAGGACCGGAUGGUUUUCAACCACACUGCACCGUCAUUCAGGAGAGCGACGACGAUUCCUUUCCCGCUAGUGGGGGUGGUAUUGGCGGGCCGACGGGACGUGCUGCACGCGGCACGAAUGGAGGUGCUACAGGCGGGCCUAGUGGAGGGGCCACGCACGGCAAGGGAGGACGUACCUUAGGCAGGGCAGGUGCUGCACUACCUGCUCAGCCCACUGCUGAGAGAGAGAGGGAGAGCGCGAGGGCGGCCUGCACGGACAACGACGUCGACGACGACGACGACGACGAGCCAUUGGUCUUUCACAGAGCACGCAUGGCGAGCGACAGAGCUCCGUCCGCCACCGAGGGUCUUAGGAGAUCAGUGUGGUUGCAGAUGCUGGCCGACUCAUCCACGGGCGCCAGACGCGAGGUGUCCGACCACCUGGAUGACAUUACAGCCGAUGAGCAUAUGCCGAGCCAGCACACACCCGCCCCGGCACCUCCAGGGGAUAGGGAGCAGACGGACCUAUGCAUGAGUGACUUUCCUGGACUCGGACACGGAUUUUCUGACACCGGUCUUCCAGGACGGGGCCACAGGGGAGAGAGGGUGGGGGAUGACAUCGAGUAUUGUCCUACGGAGGCUGGUGUAUCGGAGUUGACAGAGGAGCUCCAUGCCCGCUUGGAUCGAGAGGAGGAGCAGCGACUGGAGGUGUUGCAGAGAGAGUGGGCGGGUAGAGCCGCGUACGUGGCGGAGCAGCAGCGUGCUCGGGACUUGGAGACCGGUGCUGCUGAUCCAGGCGGGGUGGAGCAUCGCGAUCCCACAGCCCCGCAUCCAUUCGCAGCUGACCCUGCACAGACUGAGGAGCACGGUGAUCCGACAGUGCCAGAGCAUGGAGAUCCUGCUGUGUCCAACGUCGUACUUGGAUUUCGUGCGGCGGACACGUUGCAGCCCGAUGAUGUACGGACUGAGGAGGCAGUUGCCGCAGUUCGUAUGGAGGGCGAUUCUGAUGAGCAUGGGGACGGAGGCCAUGAACCCGGUGCGGAGGCCGAUGAUGGGGCGGAUAAUGCGGGACGACUUUCACCAUCGCCUAGUGCCGGUCCAGGUCCAUUGUCACACGGCCCCAUUGGGGGUGACGACAUGGACCUGCAGGCUGAUGAUCCGAAGGAGGUCGGAGGCAGUAUGUCUUUGGCGUUAGUGUUGUCGGAGCCUUCACCGGUGGCGCACGACGCUCCGUCGGAGCAUGUCGAGGGAGGAGGCAGUGCCGAUGAGGAGGAGGAGGGCGGUAUACCACCUGACCUUCACGACCACGCCAGAGCAGAUAUGGAGGAGGGGGAGAUUACAUCGGGGCCACUCGACCCUGAUGCGUUGCAGAGUGCACUCGACCCUCGGUAUUCUGGCUCUCCGGCGAGCUUGGAGCGUGAGCAGCAUCGUUCGGAGUUCAUCAUGGGAGCGGCUUGGGGUGCACACAGGGCUUGCACCACUUCACUCACACCUCCUCCACCGACCAUGCCCCACAACUCUCCGACACCAGUCACGGGUAGAGCUGCCGGGAGAGGCCACGUGUCGACGUCGUCGUCACCUCGCCUCGACACACAGCAGUCAUUUCACCAUCCGUGGAGCAUAGUGCGACGAGUUGACGAGAGAGUGAGGGGUGAUUUCGCGGCGCACCAGGCGCGGUUGAGGGAGGAGCAGAGACCGACACCGAGUUUGGCGACUGCUUAUCGUAUUCUCAAGCAGACUGGAUACGGCGCUCGCAAGGACAUGCUUUUAGGUUCACGCAGGGCUGCGCCUGCGUUGUACACUUCCGGAGAGGACGGAGUGCCGGCGCCUCAUGGAGAGCGACAUCACAGCCGCAUUAACGAGUUGGAGACUCGUAUUGCUAGGGAGGAGGCGAGAUUGAGGGAGUCGCAUGAGGAGCUUGACAGGGAGCGCAGGAGGAUGACGGCGGCGUGCAUUUCGGAUGUUGACACAGAGGAGGAGUCGAUCGACGUUGUUAGGCGCAGGGAGAGAGAGAGAGAGAGAGAUUGGUCGCAGAAUAGACACGCAUGACACCGCCAACACGUGGACGACGACGAGGCGGCAGAGGCAGGGGGCGGUAGAUAUAUAUACUGUGGUUUUGAUUUGGAUAUU